CCACCAAAUAGAGCUCCACUCUUUAUCUCUCUUCUCUCUAUAACUUACAACUUCUUCCCCCAAAUUCAAGAAUCCAUUUUUUUUUUGUUGUUGUUGUUUCCUCUCUUUUUUAAAGGUCUCUCUGUGCACAACCCAAAACAAAAACAUUUUCUUGUAAUUAAGUCAGAGAAGAAAAAAAAAAAGGGGAAGAAAAAAAAAAAUGCAGGAUAUGACGUCAGCUGCAGCUUAUUACAACCAGUCGAUGAUGAUGAUGGCGACAGCCGCGGCGGCUAAGCAGAGCCAAACAGAGUUACUACCAGAACAAGAACAGCUAAAGUGUCCUCGCUGCGACUCACCAAACACCAAGUUCUGUUACUACAACAACUACAACCUCUCACAGCCCCGUCACUUUUGCAAAAACUGUCGCCGUUACUGGACCAAAGGCGGCGCUCUCCGUAACAUCCCCGUCGGCGGCGGAUCUCGCAAGAACAACAAACGUUCCGGUUCUUCUUCUUCAUCUUCACCGUCGAGUAGUAGUAGUAACCUCAAGAAUCAUCAAACCGUCUCUGCUGAGAAACCUCAUGAUCAUCAUCAGUCCGGGUCCGGGUCAAAACCAGAGGAAGUGAGGGUUACUACGGGUCAAGAUAUGGAUCCGACCCGGAUGUUAUACGGGUUACCCGUUGGUGAUCAGAAUGGUACUGGUGGGAGUUUCAGUUCGCUCUUGGCUUCGAAUUUGCAAGUGGGUGGUGGGCUUGUUUACGAAUCCGGCUCGCGUUGGUUUCCGGGUAUGGACUUGGGUUUGGGUUCGGGUUUACGGAGGAGUAACGAUGACACGUGGACUGAUUUAGCUAUGAACAGAGUGGAGAAGAAUGGGAAUUAAAGAAGUGAAGGGUAAUUUGGUAAAUUUAAUAUAGCUGUCUUACCUUUUUAUUUUUUAGUCAUCUCCUAGUCAAAUAUAACAACAAAUGAUGUCGGUCCAUUUAGCCUCUUUAAAAAAAAAGAAAAAUUAUUAUUCACUUUUCUUUUGCCAUUUUCUUUUUCUUCAAGAUUUGGCUUUAGCGAGUGUUAUUUUAAUAGUACUAAUAUUUAUUGGAAUUAUUGAAUGAGGAUUGAAUAUCGUUUCAAUAUAUAUAUAUUUGUGAAUCUGAA